GAACUGACGAACAAGACUCACUCGAAGCAAUCUUCCACUGCCCAACCAUGAAGUAUCCACUUCUGCUGUUAGGAAGCCUCAGCUUGGCCCACGGACUGGCCUUGUACUAUCCCUAUGCGUACACUGCCGAGGGAUCCGCCGUGUUCACGCCCACCCAGCGCCAGUAUAUCGCCAAGGAUGAGUUGGGUCAGUACUCCUAUGGCUAUUCGGAACCAUUGUCCAGCAAACAGGAGACCCGCACCCUAGACGGAAUCACCCAAGGAUACUAUAGUUACCGGGAUGCGGCGGGAAAGCUGCAAACGGUUAACUAUGUGGCCGACAACAAAGGUUUCCAUGUGGCAGCCACUAAUCUGCCAAAGGCUAAAGUUCCCCAGGAGUCGCUAGAAUUUAGUCCCAGGAGCGCGUCGCAUCCAGUAGACCACCAUGUUGAGCAUCACGCGGAGGUGUCGCAUGCUGUAGUUCAGCAUCCUGUUGGCCACCAUCCCAUUGAAGUUCCACAUCAUCACACUGUUGUUGAAAGCGGACGAAGUGCUCAUCCAGAUGGACAUCAUCCCGUCGAGCACCACGAGCACCGCGUUGCUGUAGCUCAGCAUCCUGUUGGCCAUCAUCCCGUGGAAGUUCCACAUCAUCACACUGUUGUCGAAACCGGCCGAAGUGCUCAUCCAGAUGGACAUCAUCCCGUCGAGCACCAUGAGCACCCCGUUGCUGUAGCUCAGCAUCCUGUUGGCAACCAUCCCGUUGAGGUUCCUCAUCAUCACACUGUCGUUGAGAGCGGUCGAAGUGCUCAUCCAGAGGUGCCCCAUUCUAUCGAACACCACGAGCACCCGGUUUCUGGCUCAGACCCAUCCGGAUCCCAUGGUGGCCACUCCCAAUUGCCUCAUCCCGUUUCUGAUACCGCAGAAGUGGCUGCGGCCAAGUCGCUUCAUCUUCAACGCGUCCACGAUGAAGGCGUGCGCAACCAGGUGCUGGCCAAGAUUCCAGUUGCUGUGGCUCGCAGCCACCAUGUCGUGGUUCCUGCUCCGGUCUACGGCUACACCAUUCCCAGGUACUACACCCCCGGAUUUUACUAUUGAAUGGCAGCUGAAUUCGCACGAUUUGGUUCAUUAUUUAAGAAUUUCGAAUUUAAAUUAAAAAAUUGUCAAUCAGUC